AUGGCCUCUUCGGAGGCCCCUCCCAGUGCUGAGCCUUGGCGUCCAUUUCAAUCUCGCCUCGAGUUUGAAGUUGCUGAACUUGCCCUUGAGGUGGGUUUAAAUAACCAAAAAACUGACCGGCUCAUCAAACUUUGUCAUCGCUGUAUCGUUGGGAAGGAAAAAUUCACGUUCAAGAACCACAAAGAUAUCCACAUCAAGUGGGAAGCAGCGUCUGUUCGCAUUACUCAGUUCACGAAAGAAGUAAUUUCAGUGCCUUAUGAUGGCAAAAUGUGGGACUUUGACUUGCAUUACAGGGAUCUCUGGGGGUUAGCUAGUGACUUACUCGGGGACCCACGCAUUUUUCCACAUUUCAUAUUUGAUGCACAGCGCUUAUUCAAGUUCAACAGAGAUACUUUUGUUUGCUUCGUGGAUGAACCCUUUACCGCGCAAGAUUUUUGGAAUGUACAAUCGCAACUACCACCAGGUGGGAAGCCCCUAGCCUUCAUCUUAUAUGCUGAUAAAACGAGGCUAUCGUCUUUCGGCACUGCAAAGGGAUAUCCUGUUGUCGCACAUUUAGCAAAUCUACCUACCAACAUUCGAAACAGACGAGGCAUUGGUAGCAGUCAUGUGGUAGGAUGGCUCCCAAUUAUACUGGAAGAUAAGGACUAUGCUGGAAAACCCAGCUGGGUGAACUUUAAAAACGCGGUCUGGCACGAAUCGUUUCGCAGGAUCACAGCAUCGUUGGCAUUGAAAUUGAAAAUGGGACAAUGGUUUGCUUGUAUGGAUGGUGUUUCACGCUGGUUUUUUCUCUGUGUGCUCAUUUUGUCAGCUGAUUAUGAAGAACAGUGUGUGAUGUCGCUCACUCAAGGGAUCAUGAGCCUUUGGCCAUGUCCCAUUUGUCUUAAUGCAUUGUGGGACAUACAAUACUCAGAUGUCCAUAGGUUGUUGUCGCACGACCGUUGGCUGUGGUCGCAUCACUACUGGGUUGAUCUGCAGAAACGCGUAGUGAGACUCGGAAGGGCAAAGGUGUCUCAAGUCGAUAAGAGCUAUCAAGCAUUUCCGCACUGGCAGGAUUUGAGGCACCCAAACCAAGUGAUGGAUAUCUCAAAAAUGAUCAUCUAUGCUACACACAACAUCCUGAUGGAGGAUGAAUCACCACUCGGAUACCUUCUACUUCGAUGCGUGCAACUUUACCUUGAGGUCGACAUAUACACUGCAUUCGAGGUUCACACAACUGGCACAAUCAGUGAAGGGAGAAGUGCCGUCCAGGCUCUAACAGCGUUUAUGAAGCAAUAUAUUACUAAAACUGAGGACGACGACAAAUCAGACAAGGACUGGAGUUUUCCCAAGCUGCACAUGAUCACGCACCUAUUCAAUGACAUCGAGGCAAAAGGAGCUUCAAGGAACUACAACACCAAGCCGAACGAGCAGAUGCAUGGGCCAUUGAAGGACUGGUACCAAAAUCGGACUAACUUUAAAAAUGUUGCAGAACAGAUCCUUCGAAUAGAUCACUGGGUACACAUCACAGAUGACAUCCAUCGCCAUAUCUCGGACUUAGACGACUACAUAAGUUCGACGCUCAGUUUGUUUCUAAAUGUCUUUCUGCCUGCCUGCAACAUACCCCUACCGGAUGGACGGAGAAUUCACCUCAAAUCAAAUGUUGCAGCUGAUUCUGAUGCAAAUGAGAUCACUGAGUAUCAAUUUCUGCGAGUGAACUUCGAGUCCUUUGUAGAUUGGCGGCAACACACAGGACUACUUGCGGAUCUGUUUCCCCUUGCUCUCAUCCACCCAUUUGAUGCUCCCACAGGUACACGACUUCGAAAGGACAAGCAGCUCAAUCUUUUCAGGGCGGAAUUUUUCUCAAUUAGGUCAAUCCUUCAUGGGGCACUUCUUGUGCAUGAUGCUGGCCUCGAUUACUUUGUUGUUGACACAGUUGACACUGACAUGUUCCUUCAUGUAAAGGAAAUGCAUUUGCAGGCUGGGCAUGUGUAUCGGUAG